AUGUCACUGCCAACUGAUAACACUGAUCCUUAUGCUAAGAUCUCACCGGCAUCAGAAGCCGGAGAUCUCACUUGCAAUCCACGUAAUUCAUCGUAUCCUUCCCUCGAAUCAACCAAAAUGACUACGGAAACUCUUCAACCAUUCAACCACUAUUUUGAAGAUACAAUUAGGAGCUGCGAUAACACAGCUCAGCGAUUGCUCAGAACUUGGGUUGAAAAUUGCCAAUCAAAUUUCUCUAAGAAGGACUUGAUCCAAGCUCGUGAUAACGACUCUGCUACAAUCACUAUGAAUGGCGAAACUAAAGAUUGGCAAGCUAAUGACGUCGUUUCGUACCAGAAUUCCGCAUUCAUCUAUUCCUCAUCAGAAGCGAUACGAUCUAAUACCUUUAAACGGACCAUCCUAGCUUUACAAAUCUUGGACGAAGCUAUCACUACAUAUGAUUUUACACAGGACGAACACAAGCAAAGGGAUACUAACAGACGGCAUAAACGAAUCAGACAUAUCAGAAAAGGUAAUCCCACGAUCGCCACAUUGGGAUAUGAUGAACCAACACAUGCAACGGGCCCAGAAACGCAACUGGACGAUGAUGACACAGCUAAUUACAAGCCUCGAGGAAAUUCUGGCAUCAAAGGUCUACUCGAUAUUUAG